AAAAAAACUAGGUUUGUUUCUCUCUCUUUGCUUAGAUCCCCUGUUAACCUCUCUUGGCAAUGGAUGUUGCCAUGUUCUCUCCAUCUUCUCUCUUUGGCCACUCCUCUUCAGAUGAUGAGGAUGGUUCAGGGAAGAAGAAAGAUUCCUAUGUUAAGAGGAAGCAUUAUUUUCCUGGUGGAAUGGAAUUGUUUAUUCGAGAAUUCUCAUUCCAUUUCCUGAAUGCAAAUUUAGUAUGGCCUGGGACUUUUGCAUUUGCGGAUUGGUUAGCUGAACGCCACUCAUGGUUAAUAGGGAGGCGUGUCUUAGAGCUCGGCAGUGGCACUGGGGCGCUCUCAAUUUUCCUGAGGAAAUCAUUUGAAGUUGAUAUCACAACUUCAGAUUUUGACGAUGAGGACAUCGAAGAGAAUAUAGCACACAACUGUGAACUAAAUGGCGUACCAAUGUUGCCGCAUAUCCGACAUUCAUGGGGAGAUGAUUUUCCAAACCCCUGUCCAAAUUGGGACCUGGUCAUUGCCAGUGAUAUACUACUUUAUGUGAAACAAUAUCCAAACUUGAUAAAAACGCUAUGCUUCCUUCUCAAAACAUAUAAACCCAAAGGUGGAGAAACCAGGACCACUUUUAAGCUAGGAUCAGAUGUGGAAGUGGCACCUCCAGUGUUCUUGAUGAGUUGGAGACGCCGGAUUGGCAAAGAGGAUGAGGCACUCUUCUUUAGCAGAUGCGAGGAAUCUGGUCUGGAUGUUGAACAUAUGGGUUCGCGCGUGUACUGUAUUAGCCCUAAAGUGUGAUAUCAGUGGAAUUAUCCAUGAGAGAGAGAGAGGUUCUUAUCCAGACAGUUUUGUAAAGAUUGCAAGGUCAAGAUAAAUUCAGUUAUUUCUUUUAGAGAAAUUCAUUGAUUUUU